GCAGUAUCGACUGGAUGGGAACGAGGAAGAAAAAUAAGACUUCAUCAAAUAUUUAAAUUUUAAGUAUUAAUCUAAUAGAAAUCACGACAUUCAACGAUAUUACGACCAUUGGAUAAUGCUUUGAUACACAGUUGUGAGAUUCAAUAUUCACUUGGAUCCCUCUGACAAUGGCCGAUAAUAUCGACAUCGUUGCUGAUGUCUUAAAGCGAUUAGGAAGGAAUCAAAACAUUUCAAAAAAUGAAAUUGAACGAGCUAAAGAGUCUUAUAGCAAAACCAUAGCAGAAUUGAAGCAUUUCAAAGACUCAUAUUCAACAGCGAUGAGCAAUACCAGUGUACACGGAGAGAAGCCUUCAGAACAUCCUGGAGAUGGCCAAAGAAACGGGAAGAAACAAGAUAUACAUGCGCUAAUGGAAAGGAACGCCAAAAUGAGGGAAGAACUAGAUACAUCCAAGAGAAAGAUCCAGGAACUUCUAACGAGACUGAGUUCUUUGGCUGGUCAGAAAUUGUCAGACAGCAACCCUGAAAUUACAGAUCUGAGUGACCCCAACCGUCCAACAGUCUUGGCUGACCAUUUUCACCAAGUUUACGAUAAUGAGUGGACGCAACUUUAUGAAGAGAUGACUUCGAUGGAUGAAGUUAAAAAGAUUGACGAAAUUACUCAUAUCGUCAAGAAAGUUGAUCAGUUUUGUACAAAAGCACAGGCAUAUCUACUUGAAAAGUUACAGACGUAUAUCAUAGAUGAUAUUGUGAACCCUACAUUACCGCAUCCAGAUGGGAAAGGUUUUGUUGCUGGAGAAACUGACACCUUUUCAGAAACUGAGGAAAGGGUACUAUUGAAACAAUUGAAAGAUUUGCGAAAGGCUGCUGCAAAAGUAUCGGCGAAAGCUCUGAUAGGGAUUUUCCAACAAAUGCACGUACCGUCAAUAAAGAAGAAGUGUCAAGUCAAAGCGUCAACGGAAUUGGACAAAUUUGUCUCCAAAUGUGUUGAGUUGUUGUGGCUAAUGGAGGUGCAAGACCCGCCGAUGCAGUUGAUCUGGGCGGAGCAGGGACACAGGGUGGACAAGGAUAGAUUCACAUUUUAUACCAAACGGGGCGAAGUAGUUCAACAAAGUAUAUGGCCUGCUGUGCUGCUGCAUAAAGAUGGCCCUCUGAUGUCCAAAGGCAUUGUGCAGGGAAAGUAA